UGACAGCACAUGUAGAAAUUUACAAAGGAGAAGAAAUCGUGUUUUUGUAAAGAAUGUUGUAACCAAAUAAUAAUAAUACUCGGAUAAUUUCCAAUGCAUUUUUCGCUAUAAGUACAUACAUAUGUAGAAAUCGCGACAUCUGUAAUCGUCAAAAAGCGGUUCAAGCUGAAGUUAUCUGACAGCCAAUUCAGCCGCUCAACAUCAAAAUUUUUAGAAAAUCCUUAUUACUUUUUGCUUCUGCUGGACAAAAGUGUUAUAUAUUGUUUAUUUCUAGUUAUAUUGUUUAUGAUUCUUAUAAAUAAUUAUAUUAAGUAUUGCAUAAUUUACAAAGAAUCAUACAAUUUCAAAUACAUUUUUAUUUUGAUUAUAAUAAAUAAAAUCAAGUAGUAAAUUUAAGGCAUUCAUUAUUAUUAUGAAACAAGUGUUUAUGAACUUUAUAUUAUUUGUUACUUCAUCUUGUACUUUUGCAGCUAAUGAACAAUUAUUACAUUAUGUUAAUGAUAAAGUCUCUAGUGGUUCCUUCAAAUAUUACAGCUUGAUGUAUGAUGGAGUAAUAAAAAUUAUUCUACUAUCUAAGAAAGGUGAUGCAGAUUUAUAUAUAUCUCAAUUAACUAGUAAACCAACAUACGAACCUGAUCAAUAUUGUAUUCAAUCAACAACUUGUGGGGAUGAUAUCAUAUUAAUACCACAAAAUUUUAAACGUCCUGUCAGCAUUGGAGUAUACGGUCAUCCAUCUCAUGAAACGAGUCAAUACUAUCUCAUAGUUUAUCAUAUAUCUCUUUCUGCUGAUGAAGAUUUUGAUGAACAAAGUCAUAUAAAUAAUUUAGAAUUUCAUCCUCGUAAAAAGGUACAAUAA